AUGUCGCCAAUCCAGGAGACUCGCCGCAAACUUGAACGAGCCGUGGAAGGAGUAGUCAUGCAAAUGGUAGGACGUCUUUCGGCAACGCUUCGGCNNNNGCGACGACCUGUGCGCCGGUGCUUCAAGGGUACAGUGCGUGAUAUGCGUGCCUCGGGUCGGGUUGACGUUGAAUGGGAUGAUGAGCCCGGUGAGAUCGAGACUCUUGAUUUCUGGGCCUGUGAACAUAGAUCGGUGUUAUGA